UUCUCCGCGCGAGUCAUGGCCGGCCUCGGCCACCCCUCCGCCUUCGGCCGGGCCACCCACGCGGUGGUGCGGGCUCCGCCCGAGUCCCUGUGUCGCCACGCGCUGAGACGCUCCCAGGGCGAAGAGGUGGAUUUCGCUCGCGCCGAGCGCCAGCACCAGCUCUACGUGGGCGUGCUGGGCAGCAAGCUGGGGCUGCAGGUGGUGCAGCUGCCGGCCGACGAGAGCCUGCCCGACUGCGUGUUCGUGGAGGACGUGGCCGUGGUGUGCGAGGAGACCGCCCUCAUCACCCGCCCCGGGGCGCCCAGCCGCAGGAAGGAGGUUGACAUGAUGAAAGAGGCUUUGGAAAAACUUCAGCUCAACAUAGUAGAGAUGAAAGAUGAAAACGCAACCUUAGAUGGUGGAGACGUCCUAUUCACAGGCAGAGAAUUUUUUGUGGGACUUUCCAAAAGGACAAAUCAACGCGGUGCUGAAAUCUUGGCUGAUACUUUUAAGGACUACGCAGUCUCCACAGUCCCUGUAGCUGAUUCUUUGCAUUUGAAGAGUUUCUGCAGCAUGGCCGGGCCCAACCUGAUUGCGAUAGGGUCCAGUGAAUCUGCGCAGAAGGCCCUCAAGAUCAUGCAGCAGAUGAGUGACCAUCGUUAUGACAAGCUCACUGUACCUGACGACAUGGCUGCCAACUGUAUAUAUCUAAAUAUCCCCAGCAAAGGGCAUGUCUUGCUGCACCGAACCCCAGAAGAGUACCCAGAGAGUGCAAAGGUUUAUGAGAAACUCAAGGACCAUCUACUGAUCCCUGUGAGCAAUUCGGAGAUGGAAAAGGUGGACGGCUUGCUCACCUGCUGCUCCGUUUUUAUUAACAAGAAGAUAGACUCCUGAGCUGGAGAGGCCCUCCCCUGUGGCCAGCAGGUGGCCAAGGCCAGGCUGAUGGCUCUGUACCCAUUCCUCCUGUUUCCUUUGACAAUCUACUGUGCCACUGUGCUACUAACUCUUGUUUACAAAAGAAAAAAAAAAGAAAAAAGAAAAAAAAGAAAGAAAAACUAAUUCCAAUUUUAAUCACCUCAUUUCCCACACCCUCGUUUUCCUCACGGUGGUACCUAACCUGUUCA